GAAAUUUAAUGUUGGUCAUUUGAUUUUCAUGCUGUUAAGAUUUUAAUAUUUUAUGUAGAUUAACCAUUUAUUUUUCAUAUUUUCUUUUCACAAUCUUUGUAUUAAGUGUCUGAUCUCUAAAAUUCACAUAAUGCAGCAAUGCGGUUUGGAACUUGAAUUUACUUUACAAUCUAUUAAUCUGGAUUCUUUAAAUAUUUUGAUAGUACAGAGUUUGUGGGUAACUAUUUUGGUUCCGAUCAAUACUGUUAGCUAGUGUUCUGAGAAAAUUGCUCACUGUAUUAAAAGUUGUUGGCAUGAGAAUUGAAACAAUCGAAAUCAUUCCAGUAGCCUGUAAUCACUUAAUUAUUGAACACAGAAGUGUACAUAUGAAUGAUUUCGUUAUUAUGAAAUCACAUUCCACUGUAAAUCUCCUCCUGACGUGUAAUUGAUCAAACCAGAUUAUUUUCCAUGCAACCAUAUAUAUAUAAAGUAGUGCAUAUUCAUGUAAAAGAUACUUUUCAUAUAUCAUUGUUAGCAUCAGGUGGAUAGCUAGUUAUUGAUUUAAUUGAAAUUUCUGUAUGUUCCACUGUACUAUGUUUCAUUGACAUUAUGCCUUUUUCUGGAAAUAUUCCUAGAUCAUCUGGGAGCUAAAAAGGUGUGGUCCUCUGAUUAUGAAUCCAAUUCUUUUAUAUUUUGGACCAAACUUCUUUUGUCUUGUUAUGAUGUCAAAGUUUUAUUGAUAUGCUUGGCCUAUUGUUAUGGGGCUGUAUGUAAUCUAAGACUAUUUAAAUUUUUAUUGAGUUAUAUAUCUUCUAUUUUUGAAUUACAUUCCUUGUUUUUUUAGUUUAUAUGUGAAAUAUUCAAGUUUAUUUACAUUUACUGUAAUCAUGGUAAAAGCACAACAUCUAGUUGUAGAUUCCGGUGGAUUUUUAAAAAAUGCCAAUAUUCAAUCCAUGGGAGAAAAAAUUUACAGCAUAAGGGAGGUUGUUACAGAAAUCAGGGAUAAAGCCACACGACAAAGACUUUCGUUUCUUCCAUAUGAAAUCAAUUUUAAACAACCUACUCCUGAAUCCAUACAAAAAAUUGUUGAUGCAUCAAAAAGGACAGGUGAUUAUCCUAGUUUAUCGUUAGUUGAUGUGAAAGUCUUGGCAAUGACUUAUGAGCUGACAGAACAAAAUUCUCCCGAGUCGAUACAAGAAAUUGGGGAUGAUGCAAAAGGCGAGAUUCAAUUUGGAGGAUCAAAUGAUAUGAAUGGCAAUUUACCUGGAUUUUAUGUUCCAUCACAAGACAGUGAAAUAGACACCGAAGAAGAGUUUCAAAAUGACCCAGAGGAGGGUGAUCCAAAUGAAACCACAGAUGAUUCUAAUACUCCUAUGGAGCAGGAAAAUGAUGUUGAUGAAGAUGAAGGAUGGAUCACCCCUGAUAAUAUUCAAAAGAUCCAGCAGGAUGAAAGAGGAGAUUCAGACCUCAAUGUGCAAGUUGCUUGUAUUACGACUGAUUUUGCAAUGCAGAAUGUUUUACUUAAAAUGGGACUCAAUGUCUUCUCAGUUGAUGGAAUGCUCAUUAAAACUGUCAGGAGUUAUGUCUUAAGGUGUCAUGCUUGUUUUUUCAUUACAAAACUCAUGACAAAAAAGUUUUGUCCAAAAUGUGGGAAUAACACCCUGAAACGUGUACCUGUUGAAAUAAAACCUGACGGAUCCGUAAAAUAUUUCCUUUCGCGUAAUCCAAAAGUUUUAAGCAAAAGAGGUAAGAAAGUUUCAUUGCCAAUGCCUAAGGGUGGUAAGCAUGCAAUCAAUCCUAUUCUGUGUGAAGACCAGCCCAUUCCUCAGAAUAGAUUGAGUAAAAAAGCAAUGCAGAAGACUAAUGUGUGGAGCGAUGAAUAUGCCAUUGAUGGGAAUCCUUUUGCAUUGAAUGAAACUGAAAGUAGGUCAUUUAAACUUGGAUUACGACAAGGAAACAGAUCUGGAGGACGUCGUGGAAACCCUAAUGCUGUAAAUCGAAAAUUUGUAAAGCGAAGAUAACAUUUUCGUGAAUUUUUCAAUUGACUUGAUUUACCGUAUUUAGUAAUUACGGUUUACCCAUUUUAUUGUGGUUAGAGGACUGAUUUUUAGGAUGCAUGUAUGUUUUCAAUGUCAUUUGCCAAAUACUAUGAGCUUUCCCCUAAUGUUAAAAGUUUAUUCAGUGUGAAUAUAACGAUGUAUAGAAUUUUGAGAUUUUCGCAUUUGAAAACUAUUAAAAAUAAUUGCACCAAAUUACUGAUAAAUGCCUCACUUUGUGCAUAUUAUAUUAAAACAUUUAUUGUAGAGGUCGUUUUCAAACUCGACAAUUCCAUUUAUUAGAUAGAUACAAUAAUUUCCAGAUAUUGACUACUGUCCUCUUCAGUGCAGUGUUUGGUAAAUAAUUUAUAUUCAUUCAUCACUCUUACUUAUCUGUCUUUACCUUAUUUCACAG